CCCAACGAGGAGAAUCCGCAGUAAAAGGGGCGUGGCUUAAGCGGGCGCGGUGGGCGUGGCCAAGCUCGGAGUCUCUCUCCUAUUGGUCAGUUCCAUCCCCGAAGCUCCGCCCACUCUGUUAGCCCUGAGCUCCGAGCUCCGAUCCGGGCUCAGAACCGAGACGGGACCGAACCGAACCGGAGCCGAAUAGAAACGAACCGGAACCGACAGAGCCCAUAAAGGGACGGGGGGGGAACCCCGAGGGGAGCCGCAAACAUGGGGUACGGCGGCUCCGACAGUUACCGGGUGGCCACCACCGCACAGGACAAAGGGGAAAAGGAGUCCCCUAAAAAGGGCAAGGGGAAGAGGGACCUCGACGACCUCAAGAAGGAGGUGGCCAUGACAGAGCACAAGAUGUCCAUCGAGGAGGUGUGCAGGAAGUACAACACCGACUGCGUGCAGGGCCUGACCCACAGCAAGGCCCAGGAGAUCCUGGCCCAUGGUGGCCCUAUGGUGUCCCUAUGGGUCCCCAUGUAUCCCUAUGGGUCUCUAUGGGUCCCUAUGUAUCUCUAUGGGUCCCUAUGGGGUUCCUAUGGGGUCUCAAUGUAUCUCUAUGGGUCUUAAUGUAUCUCUAUGGGU